UUUUCGAAAGGGUUUCAAAUAUAAUUUGUGCAUAUUCUGCAUGGAAACUGCACGAUGGUUUGUUUUAAAUUUUGCUUGAAAAAAUGUUCCAUAUUCUUUCUUUCUGUGAAAUAUAAACAAAAACAACAACACGUUUGACAACCAUCAUUUUCCCGUCCCAGCGGUAGCGAACGAUAAAAUAUCCCCGAGAGAUUUUCUCCUUCCGAGGUACAAGGGAAACAACUGUUUAUCCUCAAGACUGUGGCUGCUACUUUUGUGUCAACAAAUUUGCCAGCAACAACUUACAAUCCUUGCCACAUUCUUUGAGUUCCGAUCGUCAUUGUGUACGAUAAAACCAUUCCCACCUGUACGGUUACAAAAGCCGGCUUUUUGUUCCAUCUCUCUAGUAUCAAGUCGGUGCCAUGGCGGCGGAUGAAGCACAACUUAUCUACGAGUUGCGAAAUGUUGGUUAUGAUGGUCCAUUCCUCGAUCAAAACUAUGCAUCUACGGCAAUUUUUGCGCGUACCAGCGGUGCCCAGAGUGGCGAGUUUCAAGACGUUGUUAUUUGGCUGACGGAGGAAAUACGAAUGCUUGGCAAGCUGGAUGAACGAGUAGGCAAAAGCGACGAUGCAAAUUCGUUUGUCCUGGAGCUGUCGGCGUUUCUGAAGGAGCUCACAUGUCCGUACGCGAGUUUAACAUCCGGCCAUGUGUCGGACCGGUUGCAGACGGCGGAAUCGAAGCUGCUGCUGUUGGACUAUUUGAUAAACGAACUGAUGGCAUUUAAAAUGCUAGAAUCGCUGAAGCCGAAGGAAAAAUCGACUGUCAUUACGCUUCACGAAACGCCUACGGCCGCGGCUCUGAAGGACAUCUGUAUCACGCUUGGUAUGGGAAAACCGCCGAACAAUGUACCACCGAAAGCGCUGUUUGAACGCAUCAAUACUAGCCUGGACGAAACGAUUCGGAAAGCUGGUGAAAAUCGUCUCAGCAAACCUCUGUUUAACCCGAAGGAACGGCUGACGGCUGAACAGUGGUCCAAGCUGGACAAGUUGCAGAAAGAUCUGGACAAUGAAUAUGAUCUGCGUAGAAAGAUGCUGCUCACCCGGUUGGAUGUAACGAUUCAAAGCUUUAAAUGGUCGAACCGCGUGAAGGACAAGGAACAGAUCAUUGCGGAACGGUACGCCGAGAAAAGAAAAGUUCUUGACACGUUGGAGGCAGGUGGUCGAGAUACAGACAUUGCGGCGUUGCUAGCCGCCCGGGAAACCCUAGCCAUUAUCGAGAAAACCAGCAGUGCGUCCGUGCGCAAGAACACAAAGAGCAAAAUCCAGCGUCACAUUAUCGGACGCGUGCCGGAUCGGGGUGGGCGUGCGUACGAACACAAUCCACCUCCGAUGGAAAUGCCGUCCUGGCAAAAUCAACGCAGCGGCGGCGGUGGUGGUGGUCGAGGAGGUUUCGGCGGUGGCAGGGGUGGCGGCAGAGGUGGUGGUGGUGGUAACAAUGCUGGUAGUGGAGGAUUCCAGCAACAGCAGGGAAACUAUUCCAACAAGGGCUAUAAUCAGGGUGGUCAAAGCUAUCAUCAAGGCGGUCGUGGAGGAGGAGGAGGAGGGUACAGUCACGGUGGUGGUGGUGGUGGAAGUGUUGCCGGAAAUGGUACUGGCAAUGGGGGUGGCGCCGGCAGUUUCCACCAGGGAGGUGGAGGGAGCCAUAAUCAGAACCGAGGAAGUCGUGUACAAGGAGGCUGGUCACAACCUCAACAAGAUUACAAUCACAGCGGCUACGGAUCGGGAUCGGGACGCAGCAGCUACAGUGGCAACAGCGAUCAGUACAGUAACCAUUCUGGGAGCAGUCGUACCAGUUACAAUGACCAUCGUGGAGGUGGCAGUUACAGUGAUCGUGGUUUUGGAGGCGAUCGUGGUUAUGGCGGUGAUCAUCGUGGCGGCGGUUACGCUGGUGACAGAGGUGGCAGUGCCGGCUAUGGGGACAACCGCAACAACUACGACAAUGAGUACAAUAGCCGAGGUGGUGGCCGUGGUGGUGGUGGUCGUUCGAACUACAAUCGAGGGGGUGGACGACGUUAAACAGCUUUCAUCACGUUCCAUACGCAUUUUCAAUUCGUUUUCUGCCAUAUGUUGAAAAGUGGCGCACUAUUCGCAUGUUCCGAUCAUACCAUCAAUAAUAAAAAAAACAAUCUUUCGUUGCCUCAUCAUCAGUACUUUGUUCCUUGCACUUGUAUGCAUAACUUAACCGUCAUUACAAUUAUUACUUGUGCUGUAUUGUAAGUGAUCAGUAGGUUUAGUUCAAAUAAUAGAUCUGUUCAGUGUUAUUGGUAGGGGUUCGUAGAAAGACCGAAUAAAAUUACUGUUUCCAAAGUAGGAAAGAUAGUUCUAGGA